AACGGCUUCAUCAUCUUUCACUCUAGCUUGUCACAUAUCAUGUAAAGGAUUUCUUGUUAUGCAUCUCUGCAGCAUAGCCCUUUCCACCCUGGAACAUGAUCUAGGGACUCCGGCAAGUAAUGGUCUGUUAUUGGUCGAGGUAAGAGAACAUGGAGGGUUUCACCAUGCAACUUCUCGAGAACAUAAAUGUGGUACUAUCAUUUCCCUGACCACCCAUGCUAACAUAUAGAAACGAACCAUCGUGGAAUAAGCUCACACCCUGCUCUAGACUCUUUCUAGUUAAGCUGCAAACCCCUGUCGGUUUAAGAAUAAUAGCCGAUCACGCUCAAUUUCAGGUAGAACUGCGCCAACGGACAGGUUGAUAGCAGUUGAUUCUAUCCUCCCCCAAAACCUGAAGUCAUAUCUCACGUCUGAGCUCAUACUAGAUCAUCUUUAGAAUGGCUUCGUAUCAACCCAUAUCCAAACUGUCGGAAUUCCCACACGAAGAAGAACCACUACCGUACAUAGGGUAUGAACGUUUGAGAAGACGAUGGAUCACGUAUGGGGUAGCUCUACUCGCAAUAACGAACCUACUCUCCCUUAGCUGGCCUUUCUGGGUGCCACGAAGCCGGCCGCCAUCUGAAUUAGCCUGCACUGAGGAAUUCGACACUGUCUAUGAGCGCUUUUGGUGGAAUACUGCGUACAGCCCUGUCAACCGCUCUGAGGCUGACAACCUGUGGGACGAAAUAAACCCAGCACACGGCAUCGUGAGCGUAGAUCGAAAGUGGGCAGCGACAAAUGGCUGGCCGUUAAGUGCCUACUAUCCUGGCGACAAGACGAAAGCUGUUUAUCUCCUUGAAGCGUACCAUCUGUUGCAUUGUCUACGCAUCAUGAGAUUGACUUUCUGGCAAGCAAUUGACGGAAAGCCAUUCACAUACCACCCUGGAUCGCACGUCGACCACUGUUUCGAUGCACUGCGGCAGAAUAUACAGUGCAAUGCGGACAACACGCCGCUCUAUUCAUUUGGCGAUCACACAGCUGGUGACGGGCAACUUCAUAAGUGUAAGGACUGGGAGCAAUUGCGUGCCUGGGCUGCUGAGAACACAGCGUGUUACAGAGAUAGCGUUGAAGACAUCCCUUUCAAAGAUCAUUUUGGGUUUUGUAGAGAAAAUGGCGACGAUGGUGUGAAAGACAUCGACUAUGGGGCAAUCAUUUCGUAGAACUCAGAUAUCAGUGGUGCAAGAAAGCUACAAAACGGUUCGAGCAUGAGCAAGUCAUCGGAAUCAUGUAUGCUAGUUCAUUCUAUCCACUCUAUGAUUAGUAUUUCCUUACUCUUAAGCAUUGAUUAGUACAGCACAAUCUACCUGAUUACAACGCCGCGUAUUCGACUGCCGUUAACCAGGUGAAGGAAAGCCCCCAUUUCCUUACUAGAAUUUGAAAAUCCCGUGUGUUGCAAACUUGGCCUCAUCAGACUAUCUCAAAUCGCCCGAACUCAUCCAAGUCAGUGUAUGGCUUCUUUGAGCGUCGGGAUUGGGGGGUCCCCCACACUACAGUCAUAUCAUAUUAUCUGCUACGCUCG